UCAUCGCUUUCUUCGAAUUCCUCAUUGGAGGGGCAGCCUUGCUACCGACUUCAUACCCAGAUUGCUUACAGGGCGCCGCUGUGGACCUGUGAUUUGUGACGAACAUAGGCAGUCACUCCUUCGUUGGGAGCAGGCCCCGAAACGCAGCAGCUGUCAUCGGAAGCUCGGCGCCGGUCUCAACCUAGCUAAGUACACCAUCUGGAAAGCUUGAAACACGGAUUCCUGAAGGAUGGAGGAUGAUAUGAACGACGGCAAGCUUUUGGCGAGGUUCGACAAGUAUCAAGAUUUCUUGGGUAGGCAACAGUCUCUGCUGUCUCUCGACCUUCUGGCGAAGCCGAGCGAGGAGGAACGGUCUAGCGAAUGGCAGAUCACCAAGAAAUUACGGGAAACACUGGAUGAGUACCAGGAGCAAGCAUACCUUCUCGAUCCAUUCCUGGACUCCUUGAUCACUCCUGUGGUGGAUUGUCUGAAGAGCCAUGUGAAGACCUUCGUUGAGACAAAGCAACCCCCAGAGUCCUCCGAGCGUCUUAAUUGGGUCGCGGACCACAUGUACCAUUAUAUCAAGUUCCGGGGCUACAAGACGAUCACAAGGUUCUUCCCGCAUGAGAUCGCGGACCUCACCAUUGCACUCGAUUACAUGCUUCUACCGAAUAGCCCAGCCUUGGUGAGAUGGAACUGGCCCCUCAGAUACGUGACGUUGUUAUGGCUGUCCCUUGUCUGCAUGAUACCCUUCGAUUUGGACCAAUUCGAUGAGAGUGAUCGCGCGGGAGAAACGGCUGAGAAGAUAGAGUCCCUUGGUAAAGAGUACCUAGACAGGGCAGGCUUGGAACGAGAAGGUGCUGCAAUCCUCCUCGCCAGACUCUACAUGAGGAAAGACACGAGUGCCAAAAUGCCAGCUUUCAUCGCGUGGUCGGCGGAGAUUGCGAGAGGCCCUGUGGAACCAUUCCGUACGAUGGGACUCCUACAAGUCCUGUGCGAAGUCACAAAGUCCGGCUCGGUUGAGCAAGUCAAAGCGCAUGCGCAAGCAAUGCUCGACGUCGCCAAUUCUGUACAGCAAAAUUCGACUCUGCUCCAGAAUACGCUGAUCAGGAAGCUCCGCACCAAGCUGAUCUCUCGCGUUGCGCUUCGCCUGCUACCGGCUUCGCCACUUGUCACUCGUAGUAAAGGAAGAGCCUUGGCGGCGUCAAGCGAUGAAGAGGGGCAACCUACAGUCGAUAUGGACUUCGACGUACCAGACGAACUCGAAGGCGUCCUCGAAGACCUUCUCGCAGCACUGCAGGACAAGGAUACCGUUGUGCGGUGGUCCGCGGCGAAGGGUGUAGCGCGAAUAUCUGAGCGCCUGCCCCCAGACUUUGCACGACAAGUGCUCGACAACGUCGUCAACCUGUUCUCGAUUCACUCAUUAGCCGCGGCUACCAUUUACGACAUACCCAGCAUCGCCGAAGGCACCUGGCAUGGCGCAUGCCUCGCAUGUGCUGAGAUGGCCCGCAGAGGUCUGGUCGGAGACGAUGCACUUGCGGACCUGAUCGACUGGCAGUGUAAGGCAAUCUGCUUCGACAUACGCAAAGGUGCCCAUUCUGUCGGCUCGAACGUGCGAGAUGCCGCGUGUUAUGUUCUCUGGUCCCUGGCUCGCGCUCAGAAGCCUGCUGUGCUCGCGCCGUUCGCGGACAAUCUCUCGAGAAGGCUUGUCACCGUAGCGCUGUUCGAUCGAGAGAUCCACAUCCGCCGCGCCGCUAGUGCCACAUUCCAGGAAUUCGUUGGUCGGACGAGCCUCUUCGCCCACGGUAUCGAUGUCCUCCGCAAGACGGACUUCUACUCUGUGGGGAUCAGGCGAAAUGCGUUCUUGCUAGCUGCACCCGAAGUCGCAGAGCAUCUCGAGUACCGGCUUUCCUUGAUAGAUCAUCUACUAUCAGUGACGUUGAGGCACUGGGAUCCGCAGAUGCGACAACUUGGAGCACAGUCGCUCCGUGCGAUCUGUGAGCUUGACCUACCCAGCCUCGGUCCCGACAGUGCUGCAAGAGCGGCGCGCUUCCUGCAGGGCCCAGAUACAAUUGACAUCCAUGGCGCACUGGCCGUCUUGACGGAACUCGCUGCUUCAUAUCGGGACUCCGGCCAUGAUCUCGGAAGGGAAAGACGAAAGGUAUUCGCAUACCUCGUCCAGGUUCCUCUCAGUGCUGUAGAGUCUCCGCGUCAUGAGCUGAUUACAGCCACUGCAUGCAACCUCAUCGCGAACGGCAUUUCCCCCGCGGAGAUCAGCUCGGACGAAACGUCGGUGCCGCACUGGCGCAAGGUGGUGGACAUUGGACUCAAGAGCAAGAGUAUGGCCGUGCAGGAAGCUGCAGCCGGUGCGAUGACAGCGGUUAGCAAGCUCGUUGACUGCUCCGCGAUCGUCGAUAGGCUCAUCCGAGACUUCAGCUCUGGGUCGCCUCCGAUGCAACAGAGUCUAUGUCGAGUGCUCGGCGCCUUGGACUAUGCAGCAUACCCGCAUGGUAUACUGAAAGCUAUCGACUGCCUGCUGACUUGCGUAGAUCGUUCAAAUCCGUCCAAGAUUGUCAAUGUUGAAGCCAGACGGAACGCAUUCAACUCGAUGCCACAGAUCCUCUCUAGCGUCGUCUUCAAGCUGACCAACCACUUGUCACCCGCAGUAGUUUGCCUGAUUAUCGACGCGAUGCUAGACGGACUGACAGAUUACACCUCUGACGAGCGAGGAGACGUUGGUUCUUGGGUUCGCAUGGCGUGCGUGAAGGGCCUGACAUCCUUUGCGGAAACGCUCUUUCCGGCGGCCCCGAAUCUGGACAACUUCGCUGAAUACUUACCCUCAACCAAAUACCACAACGCUGUGGGGGGUAUACUCAAGCAAGGUGUUGAGCGACUUGACAACGUCCGUCAGUUGUCUGGGGAGUGCUUCAUGCGUCUCCUCAUGUUGCCACUGCCGGCGAUCUCGGAAGGAGCACGGUGGCAGAUACACGGCCAUGUGCUGAUGAAGACAUUGUUCCUCAGUGGAGCCGAGACUGUCAACUGGAACGAGGGUGACAAGUUAUUCCCCAAGGCCGUGCGUCUUCUGGAAGUCGACUCAUACCGGCGCGAAGUCCUUGCAGGCCUCGUAUUGAGUGUCAGUACAAAAACGGACAGCACUCAACGCCCAGUCACCGCGAGCCUCAUUGGCUAUGUCCACACUCUACCCGUCAGAGCCACGCCACCUAGCGGAUACGACCAGUGUAGCCUCGCGCAAGAUCUCGUGGCACAAGCUAGUAUCAAUCUUAAUUCGAACAACGUUAUCAUACCGGUGCUGCAGACCUUUAACGUGCUCCUGGAGUCAGAUGUCCUCGAGGAAUUGUCCGACGAUCCCACAGGACUCCGAAGCCUCCGGGCACUGCUGUCGAUGGCCACGAGAAACGUGGCUCGCCUGAAGAAUUAUCAGCGCGUCGUGAUGUCCAUGCGGAUAGUCGUCAACCUUCUGUCGAUGCAGCCGUUGCGGGCGGAGUGCGUGGCGCACCUAUCGAGCUUCUUGGCGCAUCAGUACCCCAAGGUCCGCUCGGAUACCGCAGAACACCUGUAUCUCGUUCUACAAACGAAGGACGUAGGUUGUGAGACUGACGAGGCGGAGGAGAUCCUGCUUAACACCGAGUGGUCAUCAACCGACAUGCUAACCGUCGAAGAUGCCGCUCGCCACUGUGUGGAACUGCUUGCUGUCGGGGACACAUGAGGUCAAUUGACCGCGCUAUAUGAGAGCGACACUAACGAUCAGUGAUGUUUGUAAUCGUAGCUUCUUACUCUGUAAUACAUUUCAGUGAGCGUGUGAA